CAGGGCUCAAAGCACCCGGGACGACGUUGUGACCUCUACUUUAAUUCUUCCACCAAUUCCAUCUUCCUACCUUCUCCAUCCUUCCUACAAACCGCCACUCACCUCGUCUUAUCCAGUCGAGGUCUCCCUCUCCCGCACUUUGCUCACUAUGAUGAUGUUGCGCUCGUCGGCUAGGAGCAGCAGCGGUCAACUGACCCGGGGUCGAUUCACCUCGCCCUCUGGUCUUGUUUCGUCUUCUUCCACAAGGUCGGUCUACCAACAGAGCAGACUGGCUUCCUCUUCCUCUUCGUCAUCUUCAGGUGGCUCCAAGAGCUACUCCACCUAUGCCGGUUACGCUGCAGGCGCUACAGUGCUGCUGGGUUCUCUUGCCUUCCUCCCUUCGACCCUCUUCGCCGAUGCCCCUCCCGCAACAGUACCCGGAGAUGCCCGCCCCUCACCUCUUUGGGCUCUUCCCUCUCGCUCACAGAUGAUCCAGGCUCUCAAGGAGUCCUCCACCAAGUCCAUUCGUCCGGCCUCGUCAAAGGGAACGACUGGCGCUGAUGAGUCACUCAAGCAGAAUGCAGCAGACAUUGUCAGCUCCGCGCCCUCGCCUUCGGCUAGAAAAGACAGCACUGAGGAGGCUCUGCAAUUCGAGAAGGCAAAGCAGCAGGAUGAGGAUGGAUUCGAUUUGCUCAUCAUCGGUGGAGGUGCUACUGGAACCGGUGUUGCUGUUGAUGCCGCCACGAGGGGGCUCAGCGUUGCAAUGGUAGAGCGAGACGACUUCGGAGCUGGUACCUCGUCAAAGUCGACGAAGCUGAUUCACGGUGGUGUGCGAUACCUGCAAAAGGCCGUCUUCGAGCUGGAUUACGGACAAUACCAGAUGGUCAGGGAGGCUCUCCACGAGCGAAAGACCUUCCUACACAUCGCCCCCUACCUGUCUGAGCACCUGCCCAUCAUGCUGCCUGUCUACCGAUACUGGCAGAUUCCUUACUACUGGGCCGGUACAAAGAUGUACGACAUGCUGGCUGGCUCAGAGAACAUGGAGAGCUCCUACGUUCUCAGCAGGGGCAAGGCCAUGGAGGCUUUCCCCAUGCUCAAGAGCGAAGGUCUGGCCGGAGCCGUCGUUUACUACGAUGGUCAGCACAACGAUACGAGGAUGAACAUUGCCCUGGCCCUCACUGCUGUCCACCAUGGCGCAGUCAUUGCCAAUCACACAGAGGUCACUGCCCUUCACAAGAAGAACGUGCCUGGAAAGAAGGAGCCUCAAAUCUGUGGUGCCAGGAUGAAGGAUCUUCUCACCGGCGACGAGUGGGACGUCAAGUGCAAGGGUGUCAUCAAUGCCACUGGCCCCUUUAGUGACGCCGUUCGAAAGCUUGACGUACCUACCGCGCAAGAGAUUGUUGCCCCGUCGUCUGGUGUACACAUCACUCUCCCCGGCUACUACUCACCGAGGGGUAUGGGUCUCAUUGACCCUCAGACUUCAGAUGGCCGAGUCAUCUUCUUCCUGCCAUGGCAGGGAAACACCAUUGCCGGAACCACCGACACUGCUGCCCCCGUUGAGGCUCACCCUUACCCGAAGGAGGAGGAGAUCCAGUGGAUCUUGGACGAGGUGAGAAAUUACCUCAGCCCAGACAUCAAGGUUCGAAGGGGUGACGUUCUCUCUGCUUGGUCUGGUCUGCGACCGCUAGUACGAGACCCGAAUGCCAAGGACACUCAGUCGCUUGUGCGAAACCAUAUGAUCAACGUCAGCGAGUCUGGUCUGCUGACCAUUGCUGGAGGCAAGUGGACCACUUACAGAGAGAUGGCCGAGCAGACGGUGGAUCGCGCCAUCGACGAGUACAAGCUGAAGCCACUGAGGGGCUGUGUGACCAAGUCGACGAAGCUCCUAGGCUCCCACGGCUGGAGCAAGACCAUGUACGUCAAGCUCCUGCAGCGCUUCGGUCUCGAGACCGACGUCGCCAAGCACCUCUCUGCAACAUACGGAGACCGCGCUUGGUCCGUCUGCUCCAUUGCCGAGCCCACUGGACAACGCUGGCCAGUGCACGGCAAGAGACUAGACCCCCUGUACCCUUACCUCGAAGCCGAGGUACGUUACGCCUGCCGAUCAGAGUACGCUGCCACCGUUCCCGACUUUAUCGCUCGUCGCUCCAGGUUGAGCUUCCUGAACACAGAAGCCACCGUCCAGACCCUGCCGCGCAUCAUCGAGAUCAUGUCCGAGGAGCUAGGCUGGGAUGCCAAGCGCCAGCAGGCCGAGCUCUCCAACUCUGUUGAGUUCCUCGGGUCCAUGGGUCUCCAGCCAGGACGCAGGGAGGAGCUUUCCAAGCUCACCCUGUCUGAACUGAGGGACAUUGCCAUCAAGAAGCCCCGCGUGAGCCACCUGGAUGAAUCUUCCCUCGACUCAAAGGACAAGCUCGCCACGGGCUUCUCGCGCGCCCAAUUCGACUCGGACGAGUUGCGUACCCUUCGUGAGAAGUUCGAGCGUCUGGAUGUGAACCAGGACGGACGACUGGACGCAGAGGACUUGAAGCAGGUCCUCUCCCACCUCGGCUAUGAGCGACUGGACGACGGAGCUCUGCAGCGCAUCGUAGACGAAGUCGACUUUUCUCGUACCGGCGCCCUCGCCUUUGAGAAUUUCCUCGAUGUGGCCAGCGCAAUGAAGGACGCUAAGCUCUCGAAUGCCUUUGCUGACAUUGUCAAGGAGCUAGACUCGAGUCCGGACCCAAUUGGACCUGCUGCUAGGGAGAAGUCGGACAGGAGGGAGCAGAGGAGGACUAUUCCCGCCGAGAGGAGUGGAGGUGGUUGGUGAAUUAGUGUCGAUAGUGCCACGGUGUUUGAUGAUGUAUGAGCAGAGGUGUUCGUAGUACUAGUAAUGCAACUUUUCAGUCACUUUC